AGCUCUGGGUAAUAUGGCGACUAGGUGGCGACCAAUGGCAUUCUCUGUUACAUUAUGUCCCCGGGUAGUUUGACAAUAUGGUAUCAACGGGUACUACCGAACCUAUUAAUUCAUCAAUUAGUUGUUGAACCUGUAGUCGUGUUUCAGUCUGUGAGAAACCUAGGUUAUUAACACGCGUUAACAGAGAAUUCCUAACCUUCUUAGACAACCAUGUGUAAUCCGGCGUUUACCGGGGACUGAAUUAUUUUACUCUCUGGAUAUCUGUAAACUACUUAAUGAUAAAACACACGUAAAAUGCCUGCAAUUAAACACGUGGUGAUGGUUUUGUCAGUGUGUGUAGGCGUGGUCUCCUCAGCACCCGUAGGUCUAUUCCCUUCCAUUCCUAUUCAAGGUCGGUUGGUUGGAGAGGCGUCCUCUAUAGAUACAUCCGACUUCAACAGAUGGCUUAUGCAAUUGUUUACACAGCGCUCUUAUAUUGAUUGGCUGGGACGGACACGUGGUGUAAAUUUCCAGCCCGGGGGUAGCGAGUACAGAGGUGGCACAAGCGACCUUUACACUGGAGGAACUAGUUAUCCCUUUCUCACAGGAAGACUAGAGGAGGAGGGUGACUCCAUUGUUCCGCCGUCGGAAUUGAACGUCGUCCGUGACUACACUCCCCCAACCAAGACCAUUGAUGUACAUCAACCUACGGUCCAGAGGGAUUUCCAAGCGGAUAAUAUCGUAUUCCCUCAAACGAUCAACCCUAACGACAGGCCACGCCUCCAAAUCCCUGUCCUGUCUCUACAGGAAUCCGGAAGACUUGUUGAUUCAAUCCGUCCUUCCUCCGACACCAUACCAAAUGACUUAGUUAUCAUUAGGGACCGGCUAACGGAGAACACGGAGGACCCGCUGAAAAACGCAAACAUCGUAAAGCCGUUCAUACAUUCCAGACUGUCUGAUUCUGGUCAAGCAACAGCAAACAUCAAUGUUCACACAGCUACACGCUCACCCGUACAAAUGGGUACAUCCGGGAAUUUUGCGGAGUCAAAAGUUGAGCGUAAUAAGAACAACCCAGAUCUUCUACAAGAGACUACUAUUGUUCAAGUUCCCACAGUUACUGGCGCACAAGGGGAUACGCCAGAUAAUCUACCUGUAGAAAGAGAUCGUGAGGGAGCUCCCGCCUCCCAGACUGUACCCCCAGACCUCGUGAUUAUACGGGACAGCGUGGCGAAUGAGGACAGUGGUCAUAUCAUCACCACGAGAGCAGUGACAGACACCGGAACAGCGGUCUCCACUAAAACAGUCGGGAACGGGAUCAUCGUACUUCUACCGAUAGGCGGAGGAAAAUAGUGGGGGAAAUAGACAUGAUUUUAGAUGUGAACUCCAUGGAUCAUUUUGCCUACUUCGAUAUUUUAAAAAUGUUAACAAGAAAAAAUAAAAAACGAUCCCAAAAGUUUUCUCCAAAGGAUUUAUUUUUGUGCCUGGAACAUUAAUAUUUUGCAGUAAUUCAUACACAUGUAUUUGUGUUUAUCAUAUAGGUUUUUACGAAUAACGUGCUUGUUGAUGUGGGAAAUAGCAUGUCUGUUAAUGUGGAAAAUAUCAUGUUGAUGUGAAAAUAACAUGCCUGUUGAUGUGGAAAAUAACAUGUUGAUGUUAAAACUAACAUUGUGUGUUGAUGUGGAAAAUAACAUGUUGAUGUAAAAAUAACAUUGUCUGUUGAUGUGGAAAAUAACACGUUGAUGUAAAAAUAACAUGCCUGUUGAUGUGGAAAAUAACAUGUGGAUGUAAAAAUAACAUUGUCUGUUGAUGUGGAAAAUAACAUGUGGAUGUAAAAAUAA